AAUACUCAACUCGUCUCGGUAGCAAGUCGAUUCGACUCACUGUUAGCAUUGCAUCGUUGCACCAUUCAGUAUUCAGUAGUCUGUGUGUUCAGCAUGUUCGAAGCACGGUGGAUUUUUGUGCAAAUCUUAUUAUCUUCAGCCUACCGGCCUGCGUAUCAACUGCAACUUCCCGAAUCAAACCUAAAGGACAGCGGCCCUCUACAAAUCAUCAAAGACCGUCAAACUCAGGACAUGGACCCCCUACACGGGACAAGUAUGGUGACCAUGAGUGUCAUCAAGAACAAACUCCGGGACACAGGCGUGUUCGACUAUAAGGAUGAGAGUUUGUCGCCUGUGCAGAAGAAGGAAAUGUCAAAGAUGUUUGAUGCGCUUGAGAUUAUGCUAACAGCCCGAAACCGUCAGCCAUCCAACGUUCAGAACAUGUUCUCAAACCUGCGAUUGGUGGAGCGAGUAGUCAAGAAACAGUUGAAGGAGGGGCAGAUAUCCGAAGCUCUGGCGAGCAAGUUCAAAUGGGAUAAUCUACCUGAAUAACGUAAGAUAUUUCGCGCCGAGACGGCCAAAACCUUACAGAUGGGACGCCGAAACGAAAAUGCGAGUUUUUAAUUUGAACUGAAGGUGUAUGUAAAAAAAUAAUACGUGAUUAGGCUGGCCAGACUGAUAAAUUUAUAUAGUUAUACAAUAAAGUUGAGGAAUUA